CCCCCCCCCCCCCCGCCGCAAAGCCCCCCGCCCCUCCUCCACUUCAAGACCCAACUACCUGCCCUUCCUCUUUCACCGCCAACGAAAUCUCCCUCCUCUCCUCCCUCCCCUCUUCUCCCCUCCUCGUCAAUCUCAUCGGCCGCGCAGCCGCUGCCGAACCCAUCGCCAUCGUCGAGUUCAUGCCCAACGGCUCUCUCGACGAUCUCAUCCACCGUUCUCCCUCGACUUUCCCUCUUCCUCUCCGCAUCCGCCUCGCCCUCCGCGCGGCUACUGCAGUUGCUUCUCUCCACCGCCUCCGCCCUCCUGUCCUCCACCGAGACAUCAAGUCGUCCAAUAUCCUUAUCGACGGUGAGGGACGCGCUCGGCUUGCCGAUUUCGGGUUGGCGGUCCGCGGGCUGCCUUCGGAGGCUGCGCCGGCGGGGACUAUCGGCUAUCUGGAUCCGGCUUACUCAUCUCCAAGGGAUCUUAGUGUUAAGACAGAUGUGUAUAGCUUUGGGGUUGUUCUGCUGGAGUUAAUAUCGGGGCGGCGGGCGAUAGAUGUUGAGUAUUGCCCAGCUUCGGUGGUGAGCUGGGCGGUCGGGCGUAUAGAAGCGGAGUUGUUUGAUGGGUUGUGGGAUCUGAGAUGUGGUGGUCCGGGAAGCGCGGAAGAGGAGGCGGCUAGGUGCGAGGUGGCUCGUUUGGCGGGGAGAUGCGUGGGAUCUGCGCCGGAGGGGAGGCCGACGAUGGAGGAAGUGGUGGCUUGUUUGAGAUCGGCGGGGGAAUGCUGGGUUUUUGGGGGACGGGAAGUGUUGGUGGUGGGAAUCCGCGAGGCACGGGAAAGUUGCGGAUUUUAUGGCGGCAGUCCCACAAGCUAAGUAUAGCGCCAAAAAACAGUAUUGAAGUUCUUGACUGGACAUCUCUCUUAAAAGUUCUUUUGGAGGUGAUAAGUGGUAUCAUAGUAGAUUACUACCUACCAGCUAUGUGAACUCUCUCUGGUCCAAUGAAACCCUCUAAUCCUUGACGAGACCGUCACGAGGCCGUCACGUGAUUGAGUGGUGGAGAAUAACAGUAUUUAAGUUUGUUAAUAGCACUUUUGAGAGGUGACGGGUGACUGCAGAGAAAUUUUUAGGGGCAGGUUAUUUGUAUUAUGUAGUCAUGGUUGGCUGGAGAUCAUAUAGAUAGAAUACGGGUGUGAAUAAUUGUGGAUUAAUUCUUUGUAUAAUUCGCUUGGAAUGAUUUCGCACUAGAGAAGUUGGAGCGGGAUUGAAACGGGAGGUAGAGCGGUCAUAUUGUGUGGUCUACUUCGAUGGUGACAUGUCGA